AUGUUCCAUGGCUUGACCAAGUUUGAUUUCUUAACAGCUCCUGUCCCACCUGAAGUAACAGUUGCACCUGUGGUGACAGAGACCGUCCCUACAAAUCAGUGUGGGGGCACCCUCUCAAAUGCAUAUGGGUCCAUCUCUGGACCUUAUUAUCCUGGAAAUCACACCAAUGUGCAGUGUGUCUGGGAAAUUCAAGUGAGGUCCUCUGAACGCAUAGUUCUCAAGUUCUCUUUUAUUAGUCUGGAUUGUGAUACAGAAUAUAUUGAGAUUUUUGAUGGACCCCCAUAUGGUUCAUAUCCACUUGGAAAAAUUUGUUCUGACAUCUAUCUCAACUAUACCUAUUCAUCAACUUCCAACACAAUGGCUAUUGUGUUGCACAGAGAUUCAGGUUAUUCAGGAAAUGGGUUCUCUGCUCAUUACUACUCUGUUCCACAAGAACCAAGUGGACUUACUACCACACCAGCUUCUGCUACUAAUGAUACAAGACUUUCAUGCUCUGAAGGAUACAUGCGUGCAUGGAUCAGCAUAUAUUAUCUCAAUUCAGUUGGCUAUAAUGCAACGCAAGUUUACCUGAACUCUUCCGAUAGUUCAUGUUUAGCUCAAAUUACAAGAGAUUAUGUUUAUUUUGCUAUACCAUUCUAUGGUUGCAACACAGAGAGAAGGGUGAAGAAUAAUGACACUAUAGUUUACUACAAUGUAAUCAAGACAUCCAACUCUGAUUAUAUUAUUACAAGAAAGAAAAACUUUCAAUUUCAUGUUUUGUGUGAAAUGAAGCAGAACACUGUUGUAGAGACUAUGUUUGUUGCUCAAAAUGCAAUUGACAUUAUUCAAAAGCAAACUGGCCAUUACAAUGUAUCUCUGGCAUUCUAUUCAUCAUUAUCAUUCACUGAUAAAAUUAGAACAUCACCAUACUAUGUUUCACUCAACCAGAAUUUAUAUCUCCAAGCGACUCUUCACAGUUCUGAUCCAAAACUUGUACUAUUUCUAGACACCUGUAUCGCAUCUCCAACAAAUAAUGAUUUUACAACCCUGACCUAUGACUUAAUCAGAAGUGGAUGUCCACGAGACUUUACUUACAGAAACCUGUACUCACCAAGGAACAACAUUGUUCGUUUCCAAUUCAACUCCUUUAAGUUCCUUAACCAGCACAAUGCAGUUUAUAUACGAUGUAAAUUAGUAGUGUGUAGGGCAGAUGAUCGUUCAUCCCGAUGCUACCAAGGAUGCUUAAUUAGAAAAAAGAGAGAUACGGAUGAUCAGGAGAAUGUAGAUGUUAUUGUGGGACCACUCAAGCUUCAGAAAGAUGUGAAUGGAGUUCAAAAAUAGGGUAAUUUUUCCAUUUGAAUAUGUUUCCUGGUUAUAAUUAUGAAAGCUAGAUAGGUACCUAUAAAAAUAAUCAUACCCAUGUUGCUCCAUGGGGAAAACAUCUCAAAUCCAUAGCUGAAUGCUAUCUUUCUUACAACCAACUAAAAUGUAAUGAAAUAAUGAAACAACUUUUUUUUUAAAGUUCUUCAGAGCUCUUAAUCAGGCAAUAUUAAGGGAUAGGGAAAAGGAAGGUUAGUCUAAACAGCAUUUUACGUGGGCAUUGUCUUUAUUUUUAUGGCUCUUCCUAAGCAGUUAAAUGGUCAUCCUGACACCAAUAUAUCAUGAUAUAAACAGGCUGUUUAAUUUCAUGAAGCACUUUAUGUAAAGAUGCUAAAGUCCACUUGAAGUUUGUGUUUCUCAUGGUGAUCACAGUCUUAAGUAAAUGUUUGUGAAUCUACCAAUAGCAUAUUCUAAUUAAAACCAUUAGUUCUAUCCAAAUAAUUUUAAUAUUUGGCACUGGAAAAAAGCUAUUUUUAAAAUGUCCUAUUUUCUACAUGUUUUGCCAUUCUCAUUUGAUUAAAGUCUGACACAGAGUAUAUACCAGUUCUGAUAACCAACUUACACAGAAAUAAUAUGCGCCUGCAUUUCAUAUGUAAAGGAUGCAUACAUAUAUCAUAUUAUUGUAGCAUUCCUUCUUGCUCUGAAAAGCAAAAUAAUUACUUUAACCAACUAUAUUUGAGAAUGAUUUCAGAUUAUCUUUCUUUCUCCCACACCAAUACCACUUAAGUGGCAGCUUUGCUGUCAGAGAAAUUGAAUGGUACAUUCAAACUUGGUCAGACUUUUGAUACAAAGAAUAAUUUGAUGACCCUUUAGCCUUCAACAGAGUCCAACAUGGGGGCUGCUAAACUAAUGGGGAAAAAGUAUAAUUUUUAAAGAACUCCUAAAGAUGGAUGAGCUACAAAAGUGAAGACCUUUAGAAUUCCAUGCUGUAUAUAUGAAUAGAAGAACUUUGUCACUAAAUUAAUCUCAAAUUAUAGGAAAUUGUAUUUUGCUUCCAAUACAUUACAAUAAAACUGCUUCAU